AUCGGGGGCCGGUGUUACGGUGUCUUUUGGGUAACAUGCGGUCUGUUACACGUCAGACUCUGGGUCGGGGUCUCCUCUAACUUCUGGACGCUCUUCUCUUGUCUUUCAGUUUCCGUGGCGGAUCCCGUGGCCGAUGGAGCAUAUUCAGGGGGCUUGGAAGACCCUCAGCAAUGGCUUUGGGUUUAAAGAUUCCGUGUUUGACGGGACGAGCUGCAUGUCUCCCACCAUCUCCCAGCAGUUUGGAUACCAGCGGCGAGCCUCUGACGACGGGAAGCUCGGCGACGCUUCCAAGACCAGCUGCACGAUCCGCGUGUAUUUACCCAACAAGCAGCGGACGGUGGUGAACGUCCGCGGCGGGAUGAGUUUACACGAUUGCCUCAUGAAGGCGUUAAAAGUGCGAGGCCUGCAGCCUGAGUGCUGCGCUGUCUUCCGCCUCGCUCCGGAUUCCAGGAGCAAGAAGCAGCGUCUGGACUGGAACACGGACGCCACGUCCUUAAUCGGGGCCGAGCUGCAGGUGGAUUUCCUCGACCACGUUCCCCUCACGACCCAUAACUUUGUGCGAAAGACCUUUUUGAAGCUGGCGUUUUGCGACAUCUGCCAGAAGUUCCUGCUGAACGGCUUUCGGUGUCAGACGUGCGGCUACAAGUUUCACGAGCACUGCAGCACGAAGGUGCCCACCAUGUGCGUGGACUGGACCAACGUCAAGCAGCUCCUGUUAUUCCCCAAUAACGCGGACGGAGGGACCCCCGCAUUACCCUCAAUGACGAUGAGACGCAUGCGAGAACAAGCGCGAGCGCCCAGCAGUUCCCAGCACAGAUAUUCAACGCCUCACGCCUUUUCCUUCACGACGCCGAAUCCGCCGUCCGAAUGCUCGCUGUCCCAAAGGCAGAGAUCCACGUCAACACCCAACGUGUACGCGGUCAGCGCCACCAUGCCGGUGGACAGCAGGCUGUUUGAGAAUAACUGGACGAACGCCUCCCCCCGGUCGUGGUGCCGCCGGCUCUGCUUGCCGGGAAGAGAGGCGAUGAGGAGUCACAGUGAAUCCGGUAGUCCCAAUAACUUGAGUCCGAGUGGAUGCUCUCAGUCUAAAACCCCGGCGCCAACUCACAGAGAGAAGUCUGCAGCCGCCAGCACUCAGGACAAAAACAAGAUUUGGUCUCGUGGCCAGAGAGAUUCCAGCUAUUACUGGGAAAUCGAGGCCAGUGAAGUGAUGCUGUCCACGCGGAUCGGGUCGGGAUCUUUCGGGACGGUGUACAAAGGCAAAUGGCACGGCGACGUGGCCGUGAAGAUCCUGAAGGUUACGGACCCGACGCCGGAGCAGCUCCAGGCCUUUCGAAAUGAAGUGGCGGUUCUCAGGAAAACCAGACAUGUUAACAUUUUGCUGUUCAUGGGCUACAUGACGAAAGAUAACCUGGCCAUCGUCACGCAGUGGUGCGAGGGGAGCAGCCUCUACAAACACCUGCACGUCCAGGAGACCAAGUUCCAGAUGUUUCAGCUCAUUGACAUCGCCAGGCAAACGGCGCAGGGCAUGGACUAUUUACACGCAAAGAACAUCAUUCACAGAGACAUGAAGUCAAACAAUAUCUUUCUCCAUGAAGGGUUAACGGUGAAGAUCGGUGACUUUGGCCUGGCUACGGUGAAGUCCCGGUGGAGCGGCUCGCAGCAGGUUGAGCAGCCGACCGGCUCCAUCCUUUGGAUGGCGCCAGAAGUGAUCAGAAUGCAGGACAACAACCCGUACGGCUUCCAGUCCGACGUCUACUCGUACGGCAUCGUGUUAUACGAGCUGAUGACCGGAGAGCUGCCCUACUCCCACAUCAAGGACCGGGACCAGAUCAUUUUCCUGGUGGGCCGCGGCUGCACGGUGCCGGAUCUCAGCAAGCUGUACAAGAAUUGCCCCAAAGCCAUGAAAAGACUCGUGGCGGACUGCGUGAAGAAAGUGAAGGAAGAACGGCCUCUCUUCCCACAGAUUCUCUCCUCCAUUGAGCUGUUACAGCAUUCGUUACCCAAAAUUAACCGCAGCGCGUCGGAGCCUUCGCUGCACCGGGCCGCGCAUACCGAGGACAUCAACGCCUGCACGCUGACCGCCACCAGACUCCCCGUCUUCUGAUAUGUUUCACGCAGGUUCCGGGGCCGGCAGGAAUUCCAUCGAGACUCUGUUAUCGCUCACUUUUAUAUCACUCUUAAGAAAAUGCUGCUAUCGUCGCAUUUCCGAGGCCGCGCUUCCGUGGCAAUCCGCUCAGCAACACACAAUAAGCUCGACGUCC